AUGAACAAUUUGGGUGAUGUGAAUCAAGAAGACGAGAUAUUGUAUAUCAUGGAGCUACCAGCGGCGACAGUCAAGUCGACCCUCAAGUCUUUUCUCAGGCUGACCACGCUGGGGGGUCAUCCGCUGGAUGCGGCCGACGUGCCCGUGUUGAUUACGAAAAUUAUGAUAAAUUCAGUUUUCAAGGUUCGUCGCCGUGGACUUGGCACCCGACGAAGUUUGUACAUGGUGGAGGGGACUCGUUACUGCCGCGUCGGGGACUCGGAACUGCGCGUUUGGAUUGUAUACCAACGGCUACCGAUGUUGCGGUCAAAGGUCGGAAGUGCGAGAAUCGCAUAUUUGGUCGAAAAGCUAGCGUCCAAAUCUUGA